UUAGUAGAGACAGAGUUUCACCAAGUUGGCCAGGCUGGUCUCGAACUCCCGACCUCAGAUGAUCCGCCUGCCUUGGCCUUCCAAAGUGCUGGGAUUACAGGCGUGAACCACUGCGCCUGGCCGGAUAAGAACUGCUAAUCCUUGCUGUAACUCCAAAGCCUAGGACACCAUCUGGCUUUUAGUUACCAGUAAAGGUAAUCAUAUCCCGGCCUUUCCAAGUGUUCUGUCAUGUAUUUAAUUAUCAUUUUCAACCAAGGCAAUAUACUAGACAUAUAAAUAGUUGUAAGACUUGUGAAGUACACAUCAGAAAAAUUCUUUAUCACACAUAUGAUAAGUUAGAGUUCAGAAACUGUGGCCACAGAACUCCAGAUCUUCAAUACAUGUUUGCUGAAUUGAUAUAUGAGACUUGAGAAGGCAAAAGGAUAGACGUUAAGUCCUGGCAUCAGGCCAACAGAUUUACAUGGAGCAUGUGAGAAGUACAUAAUGUUACACUUCCUAAGAAAUAUGUCAAUGAAUGCCCUUUCUAAGUAGCAACGUACCUAAAUAACCCUUACCACUUUCUCCAGGUAGUUUUUAACAAAGGUAUUGUACCGCAGCUUCAAAAAAGCAAAAGUUACGCGUUUACCUAUCCAUUCACUGCUCAGACAAAACAAAAACAAAAGCUGUCUGUAGACUUCGAAAUUCCUUAAUACCAUAGUGUCAUUAAAAACAAACACCUAGAUUUACUUUACUUAGCUAUAUUUUACUAAGUAGUCAGGUUAGCUUUAAUGCUUACCACGCCAAAGAAAGUUGGCUUUUUUCCUUUCCCGAGGGUAAUCCCGUCCCACCUCCCCCUCCCUUAAAUAAAGUUAAAACAAUCCAAAAAACCAGCUAAUUCUCAGCUCUGUAGAGCUCUGUAGAGUUCUCCAGUACAAGUUCAGCCUCAAGAAAAAGACAUCUUAAAGGCCGUACAUUAAAAGUUGCCAGGGAUCCAGCCGCUUACAUUUCAUGAAAAGUACAGACCAUACCCGUUUAGCCAGCUGUGCACCUUAACUGGUCGAGAAGGCGCGCUGGGGGCUGGGUUUGCGGGUGAGCAAAAGGCAAGAUUAUUAGUUUGGGUUGAUGUGGGGGUCAAGGGGAGAGGAGAGGAAUAAUCUGUAAGAUCUGAGUCCCGAAGCUCUUUGGGUUGUGGAGGUUAGAAAAGGGCCUGUUAAAGUUAAGCCCAAGCUUCGGCAAGGUGGAACUGGGAAAAAAACAAAAGAAAGAAAAAACAAAACAAAACCCGAGAAAACAACAUCGAGCAGGCUCCCGAGUUCUAGCGUUCACAGUGAAGCCGUUAAAUGCAGCACGAAAGUAGGCGUGUGUUUUCUUCCUCUUCCCGCCUCCCCAGAGACUCGAGCCCAGUCCUUUCCCCUCAUUUUCACCCCAGCCGAGUCCAAUGGCUGCCCUCGCCGCGGAGUCGGGUGGGAAAACGCCCCGCCCCCUCGCCGCGCUCGCCCUGGGGAACCCCUCUGCCCCACCUUCCCUGCCCGAUGAGAGGCAGUGGCUGCCGCUGUCACGUGUGCUGGCAGCCGCCAAGUGAGGCCGCUUUUGCGACGCGGUGACAGCCAAAUGGUGCGACAGGAGGAGCUGCAGCCGCGGCCGCAGCGCCCGCACGGAGAGGCUUGAGGCGGCUCCUGGCGUCGCCCAGAGGGAGCGAUUAGACGAACAGUCCGGUGAGGACGGCGAGAGGAAGCCCGCUACAAGUGCCCUCGCUCCCCGCCGCUCUCGAUGAACCGGACGGAAUAAGCCGCGCCUCCAGCAGGGGCUGCGCCUCCAUGAAUCCCUAGUUGUUUUUUUUUUUUUUUUCUUUCUCUCCCCUUUCCUCACCCCCACCCCGAGCCCCGUCCCGCCUUCUCCCUUCGCCAGCGGCGGCCGCGUCCAGGUGCGGAGUCCAUACCGGAGCGCAAUGGCGUCCAACCCCGAACGGGGGGAGAUUCUGCUCACGGAACUGCAGGGGGAUUCCCGAAGUCUUCCGUUUUCUGAGAACGUGAGUGCUGUUCAAAAAUUAGACUUUUCAGAUACAAUGGUGCAGCAGAAAUUGGAUGAUAUCAAGGAUCGAAUUAAGAGAGAAAUAAGGAAAGAACUGAAAAUCAAAGAAGGAGCUGAAAAUCUGAGGAAAGUCACAACAGAUAAAAAAAGUUUGGCUUACGUAGACAACAUUUUGAAAAAAUCAAAUAAAAAAUUAGAAGAACUACAUCACAAGCUGCAGGAAUUAAAUGCACAUAUUGUUGUAUCAGAUCCAGAAGAUAUUACAGAUUGCCCAAGGACUCCAGAUACUCCAAAUAGUGACCCUCGUUGUUCUACUAGCAACAAUAGAUUGAAGGCUCUACAAAAACAAUUGGAUAUAGAACUUAAAGUAAAACAAGGUGCAGAGAAUAUGAUACAGAUGUAUUCAAAUGGAUCUUCAAAGGAUCGGAAACUCCAUGGUACAGCUCAGCAACUGCUCCAGGACAGCAAGACAAAAAUAGAAGUCAUACGAAUGCAGAUUCUUCAGGCAGUCCAGACUAAUGAAUUGGCUUUUGAUAAUGCAAAACCUGUGAUAAGUCCUCUUGAACUUCGGAUGGAAGAAUUAAGGCAUCAUUUUAGGAUAGAGUUUGCAGUAGCAGAAGGUGCAAAGAAUGUAAUGAAAUUACUUGGCUCAGGAAAAGUAACAGACAGAAAAGCACUUUCGGAAGCUCAAGCAAGAUUUAAUGAAUCAAGUCAGAAGUUGGACCUUUUAAAGUAUUCAUUAGAGCAAAGAUUAAAUGAACUACCCAAGAAUCAUCCCAAAAGCAGUAUUAUUAUUGAAGAACUUUCACUUGUUGCUGCAUCACCAACACUAAGUCCACGUCAAAGUAUGAUAUCUACACAAAAUCAAUAUAGUACACUAUCCAAACCAGCAGCAUUAACAGGUACUUUGGAAGUUCGUCUUAUGGGCUGCCAAGAUAUCCUAGAGAAUGUCCCUGGACGGUCAAAAGCAACAUCAGUUGCACUGCCUGGUUGGAGUCCAAGUGAAACCAGAUCAUCUUUCAUGAGCAGAACGAGUAAAAGUAAAAGCGGAAGUAGUCGAAAUCUUCUAAAAACCGAUGACUUGUCCAAUGAUGUCUGUGCUGUUUUGAAGCUCGAUAAUACUGUGGUUGGCCAAACUAGCUGGAAACCCAUUUCCAAUCAGUCAUGGGACCAGAAGUUUACACUGGAACUGGACAGGUCACGUGAACUGGAAAUUUCAGUUUAUUGGCGUGAUUGGCGGUCUCUGUGUGCUGUAAAAUUUCUGAGGUUAGAAGAUUUUUUAGACAACCAACGGCAUGGCAUGUGUCUCUAUUUGGAACCACAGGGUACUUUAUUUGCAGAGGUUACCUUUUUUAAUCCAGUGAUUGAAAGAAGACCAAAACUUCAAAGACAAAAGAAAAUUUUCUCAAAGCAACAAGGCAAAACAUUUCUCAGAGCUCCUCAAAUGAAUAUUAAUAUUGCCACUUGGGGAAGGCUAGUAAGAAGAGCUAUUCCUACAGUAAAUCAUUCUGGCACCUUCAGCCCUCAAGCUCCUGUGCCUACUACAGUGCCAGUGGUUGAUGUACGCAUCCCUGAACUAGCACCUCCAGCUAGUGAUUCUACAGUAACCAAAUUGGACUUCGAUCUUGAGCCUGAACCUCCUCCAGCCCCACCACGAGCUUCCUCCCUUGGAGAAAUAGAUGAAUCUUCUGAAUUAAGAGUUUUGGAUACACCAGGACAGGAUUCAGAGACUGUUUUUGAUAUUGAGAAUGACAGAAAUAGUAUACUUCCAAAAUCUCAAUCUGAAUACAAGCCUGAUACUCCUCAGUCAGGCCUAGAAUAUAGUGGUAUUCAAGAACUUGAGGAUAGAAGAUCUCAGCAAAGGUUUCAGUUUAAUCUACAAGAUUUCAGGUGUUGUGCUGUCUUGGGAAGAGGACAUUUUGGAAAGGUGCUUUUAGCUGAAUAUAAACACACAAAUGAGAUGUUUGCUAUAAAAGCCUUAAAGAAAGGAGAUAUCGUGGCUCGAGAUGAAGUAGACAGCCUGAUGUGUGAAAAAAGAAUUUUUGAAACUGUGAAUAGUGUAAGGCAUCCCUUUUUGGUGAACCUUUUUGCAUGUUUCCAAACCAAAGAGCAUGUUUGCUUUGUAAUGGAAUAUGCUGCCGGUGGGGACCUAAUGAUGCACAUUCAUACUGAUGUCUUUUCUGAACCAAGAGCUGUAUUUUAUGCUGCUUGUGUAGUUCUUGGGUUGCAGUAUUUACAUGAACACAAAAUUGUUUAUAGAGAUUUGAAAUUGGAUAACUUAUUGCUAGAUACAGAGGGCUUUGUGAAAAUUGCUGAUUUUGGUCUUUGCAAAGAAGGAAUGGGAUAUGGAGAUAGAACAAGCACAUUUUGUGGCACUCCUGAAUUUCUUGCCCCAGAAGUAUUAACAGAAACUUCUUACACAAGGGCUGUAGAUUGGUGGGGCCUUGGCGUGCUUAUAUAUGAAAUGCUUGUUGGUGAGUCUCCCUUUCCUGGUGAUGAUGAAGAGGAAGUUUUUGACAGUAUUGUAAAUGAUGAAGUAAGGUAUCCAAGGUUCUUAUCUACAGAAGCCAUUUCUAUAAUGAGAAGGCUGUUAAGAAGAAAUCCUGAGCGGCGCCUUGGGGCUAGCGAGAAAGAUGCAGAGGAUGUAAAAAAGCACCCAUUUUUCCGGCUAAUUGAUUGGAGCGCUCUGAUGGACAAAAAAGUAAAGCCACCAUUUAUACCUACCAUAAGAGGACGAGAAGAUGUUAGUAAUUUUGAUGAUGAAUUUACCUCAGAAGCACCUAUUCUGACUCCACCUCGAGAACCAAGGAUACUUUCGGAAGAGGAGCAGGAAAUGUUCAGAGAUUUUGACUACAUUGCUGAUUGGUGUUAAGUUGCUAGACACUGCGAAACCAAGCUGACUCACAAGAAGACCUCUUAAAAAUAGCAACCCUUCAUUUGCUCUCUGUGCCACCAAUAGCUUCUGAGUUUUGUUUUGUUUUUUUAAUUGAAACACGUGAAGAUUUGUUUAAAAGUACCAUUCUAAUACUUCUUCAAAAGUGGCUUCUCAUUGUACUUCAACGUAAAUAUGAGCACUGGAAACAGUUUCAUGGAGUUUAACUUGAGUGAACAUCGGUCAUGAAAAUACAUCACAAAUACUUUUGGAUCAAUAGUAUAUUUUUAAAAAGAAAGAAAAAAACCACUUUUUUAUAGUCCCUAGCUUUGCCAUAUGCCCGCCUUAAGUGGAAGGAAAGUUAAUCACUUAACUAUGUUUUUCAAAAAGAAAAAAAGGGCUUGGAAUGCUAUUACUGUUCACACAAACUAUGAUUCUGUUUGAAUAAGGCAAAUGCUCCUUUUUUUAAAAAAAAAGACAUUACUGUAAUAUCAAAAAACGUGGCAGUUUGUAUACAAUUUGGGGCUUGAUUUUUUUAAAAAAACAAUUGAUGUCUUAUUUUAUAAAUGUUCUAUAUUUAUUAGGAGAAAACUUUAUAUUGCCUUUUUUAUCAACCAUGUAACAGAGGCUUAUAGCUUUCCAACAGAGCUGCUUGCCAAACAAUUUUUUUUGUUUAUUAAACAGUGCUGAAACAAACAAGAUCAGCAUUUACUUAAGAUGUUAAGAAUGAAGACUUUUAAUCAGCUGAACCAAGAUAUUGUUACCUGUAUGCAUUCCCAAAGUCUAGAUGCUCAGUAUGUUCAGUCAUAUCUUCCAGAAUCAGUGAACCGAUUACCCUUUUUUUGAUAUUCACUCUACAUCUGCCAACCUAGUUCACCUUGGUUUUGUGUCUGCUGUAGAAGGGAACUAUAACUUGGUUAAACUGUAGGGAUUAUCAUUGUAUACAUGCUGUGAACAUGUAUAUGUGCAAGUUUUAAUGUAUUCUAUGUUGUAGGCUUAUUAUUUAAUUUUACCACUUCAUCACUUUUGUACAGUGGCCAAGCAGACACCUCAAACUCCAGCAUUUACAUUAAGUGCAUUUGUACAUUUUAGGCCACUGGAUCCAGAUUUUAUAUUGGCAGUUAUUGAGGGCAAAAGCAAUAUAUUGUAACAGAAUGUAUAAAUAUUUUUGAUAAAACAGUCUAUAUUUUAUAAAAAAAAGAAUUAUAACACUAAAGCUGUACCUCAAAAGUCUCAAAAAUAAUUUGAUGAAAUAUUUUAUACAACUCUUCAAAGGAUCCGUCUGUGGCUUUUUAUACUCUUCUAGGGUUGUCUUUUUGCAAACCAUGACUUUCCACUUGCCUGUAGUUUUUUGUUUGUUUUGGUUUGGUUUGAUUUUAUAUUUUUUUCUCCUAAUCUAUGACUUUAUUGUUUUUUCUUAGUUUAGUAAUAGCAUCUUUGAUCCUGUGCUUAGCAUGUUAGGGUCAUUAUACCUCAGGAAUAGCAAGCUGUUAAGUAACCAUACUGAAUUAACUAUUUAAUCACAGUGAGCUCAUCUCUUAAAAAUUGUUCAGGUGUCAAUCUUAUGAGAAACAUGAAAAAGCACACUGAUUUAUGGAGAGUUGAGCUAAAAACAUUUAUAAAUAUUUGCUGGGAUGUUUUAGCAUCUUUUCAUUGUACUCUGAGAACAAUUAAAAUUGUCCAGAGAUCAUUUAUAUUACCUUCCAAAUUGUUUAUUACCCAAGAUCCUUUGGGAGAAAAUCUUAUAGAAAGGGGGAACAAUAUGUGGUUUAAAGUUAUUUUAAAAUGCCAGUUAAUUUCCUUGGCAAAGGACAAUAGAGGAACUUAGCUUAAUUGUCUGGCUUUAAUUUAAACAGUGUUAAUACAACAUUAAAAUAAAACACUAAAUACUUUUGAGGUACAGUCUGCUCACUUUUUUGGUUCUCAAAUAGCAAAGAAAGUAAUGUCUAAAAUAGGCUUUUAGCAUUAAAAACUGACAGCAUUUUGUAACUACACAAUGUACAGAAUUUUUUUUAAUUGAAGUCAAUCACUAAAAAAAUUAGAAGGCAGGGUCUAUUUACACAAUUAAGCUGAAGAAAGCACUAAUUUUUUGUAGUUUAAAAUAUAUAUAUAUUUUAGUCAGAUUUAAAAUUUUAAGCUUUAUAGAGUGUAAAUAUAUUUUGCUAUUACUGUAUGUGUAUGUGACUGCUCAAGCACUUUGUAAAGAAAUUAGGAUAUUUUAGAAUGGUACACUAUGCAUUCAAAUGAAAUGUGCCUUUCACUAUGUCAUUCUAAGAAAACAAGUGUUUUUUGCAGUCAUAAAUUAUCACAAAUGCACAAAUUAAAGUCUAUAUAGAUUGAAAUUUGUAA